AUGUCGGUGCUUUCUGAGGAUGCGGUCGGUGUGGAGCAGAAGUUCGCCGAAGACGGAGGGCAGGAGGUGGUCUUUGCCGACGAAGAAGAACCAGAGCAGACACCUUCGGCAAAAAAGGGACAUCACAAAGACUACAUCUCACACAUGUCUCAAGAUUCAGCGAUGCAGAACGUGGGCAACAGGAAUGAUCGUGGAAAGGCCGUGGCACCAAGCCACCGCACCUCAAAUAACCGUCUACAUGCGACAAUGCCAGCAAAGAACUGGACGAUUGACGAUGGCGAAUCUUUCUGCAAUGCUUCACGCCACAGCUGGCUCACCGGCGACCCAACAAGAACUCGUUGUCCACGAGCUGGAGAAGGCAUUAUUAGUAUUAGGCGCAAAAUAUCAGUCCUCCGCGAAAUCGAGCUAACAGAGAAGUAUGUUGCUGGUGGGCUUAUCUCAUAUGGGACUUCUAUACCGUACAUGACUGUCGAAGAGAACCAGUGA